ACGCGCAUGCGCAGGGUCCCCUAGCUAAAUGCUAAUGCUAGCACACACUAGUCUGCAGCGGCCCUAGAUAGCAACAAAAUAAACUAGCAAAUAGCCUUAACUCCGAAUUUACUGUUUAUUGUGAGCUUUUACUUUACACUAUAGUGCGCUACGGCGGUCAGAUAAACGUGCUUUAUGUAGGUAAUGUUUGACUACUAAGUGAAAGAGGUUAGAUUAUUUUGGCGCUCGGGCGGACCUGUGCUAGUUUAGCUAAUGAUUCUUACUUUUCAGAAAGUUAACAUAUAAACGUGUGAUAAUAUGUGGAAUAUUAAGCGAUGAAAAAAAUACAUCCUGACUGAUUAAAAGCUUGUCGAUUGCUUCAGACGCAGCUACCACAUCUGUAAGCCCUUACUGCAUGUAGAGAAAUGACUAUUUGCUUUGGGCUGGGGAAUGAACCAGGAACCCUGGUGGCUGGAUCUGGGUAUCAAAUGGUCUGAAGAAGCCAUGGGAAGCUGUUUAAGCUGUCCAGAUAAAGAAUCGAUCCCUGACAAUCACCAGAGUAAAUUUAAGGUGGUGAAUGUGGAUGAUGAUGGAAAUGAGCUGGGAGCAGGUAUCAUGGAGCUGAUGGAGGAUGAGCUGGUCCUGCGCACGCGGAAAUGUGAUGCUGUCAAGUGGCCUUACCUGUGCCUGCGUCGCUAUGGCUAUGAUUCAAAUCUCUUCUCAUUUGAGAGUGGCCGUCGCUGCCAGACAGGUCAAGGGAUAUUUGCCUUCAAGUGUUCACGUGCCGAGGAGAUCUUCAACAUGCUGCAGGACAUCAUGCAUAAUAACAGCAUCAGCGUAGUGGAGGAGCCGGUGUUUGAGCCCACCCUCGCACAAGCUGAACCAGACCUUCCCCUCACACCGCACACACCAACCACUCCUGGAAACCUCCUCCCUACUUUACCAAAUGGCAGCUUACGGUAUCCCUCAUUGGGGGAUGCGUCCUCUCACCCCUCUAGUCGGCAUCCAUCUGUUGGGAGCACGUGCCUUCCAUCAUUGGGCGAGGAGUCCACGCACCCUCUCCUAGCUGCGGAAGAGGCUGUGAGGGGUCACACAUAUGUGAACACCACUGGUCUGCUGGAGCAGCACAGCCCAAAUGUUUUAGAGGUUCCUGCAGAACUGAAUGUCUCAUUAGCAGAUGGAGAGGAAGCCAUCCCUCAAGAGGCCCCUGAUCCUGGCCCUCGAGUGCAGCUGGAGCCUGAAGGUGCUCGCUUUGUGCUGGGCCCAACUCCUGUGCAGAGACAGAGGCAGAAAGAGGCAAAUUUGUCUGGGGCAGAGGGAGGGGCAAGUAACACAGCCCAGAACUCAAAUGGAAGUGUUAUUUCACACCCUAAAAACAUAAGUGGCAUAGAUACGAUUGACAGCAGUAGAUCCGAGGAAACCUCUCCUGGAGUCUCAGUCAUUCCGGAGAACUUCAACGGUUCGCUCUCGGCAGUCUCUCGGCGCCGGGUUCGGCCGCCCCCUCUCACUCCUGAUGCCAACGUCAACAACUCAGCCCAGAGAAGAACGGCUUUGCUGGACUACGAGAACCUCCCUGCCCUACCUCCUCUGCGAGAGCACCCGAAGGGUGGCUGCGAAGAUGAAGACGGGGAAGAGGUUGUGGAGCUUCAGUCGCAGCCCAUCAAUGGUUUCCACAACCAUCGGCAGUACAGCCCUGACCCCACUCACUACUACAUCAACACAGAGAACGUGACCGCCCCCCUCAGCGCUAACAAGGUGGAGUCGGCCCGCUGGCGGGACCGCUCCACACCAACCUUCUUUAACUUCGAUUUCCGCCGCCCCUGUUUUGAGUCUCACAGACUGAACUACAUUGAAGUGGAGACCGAGACGGAGAACUCUAGCAACCCUCAGACCCCAAAGACGCCCACGUCACCGCUUCCCCAGACACCCACCCGCAGGACAGAGCUCUAUGCGGUCAUUGACGUGGAGCGCACGGCUGCCAUGUCAAGCCUGCAGAAAGCACUUCCCCGUUACGAUGGUACCUCCAGGAAAACCCGCCAUAACAGUGUUGACCUGCCCAUGUGACCUGUCACUGAUACUGCCUGAAGACACUCCUAAAACUUUACAAAUUCAUUCCAAAGGCAGGUGGACUUAAUAUCACAGAAGUCUUUUUGUUUGUAACACUUGUAGGGAUUUCAUGUAGAUAAAAGAGUGUCGCUCUGUCUCAUGUUGGCUUGAGAAGAUUAACAGAGGAGCUCACCAUAUACCUUCAUUUUAUUCCUAUGGUAAUAUACUACUACUUUUCUUACACUCGUUUUUCAGUGCCUGUUUAUUUUUGUUUUAUUAUGUUAAUAACAAGGUUGGACAACAUUCCACAGGUCCAUUCCAUACGGUACAAAUCAGUAUUACUGAUCACAUGUUUAUUUGUUUUUUUUGCCUUUAUUUACCCUUUAUCAAGUGACUAAGUUGUUUUAAAACCUGUAUCUAAAGAUAACUUCACACACUACAUUUUGAAUUUUUGGCUUCAUAUAGUAGAUUUCAAUACGUGGCACAAUAAAAGUCUAUUUUGUUUCA